AUGAAGUUCACAACUCCGCAGCCAAUAAAGCAACCCCUGGAGCAAAGGGACAAAAGCAAGCAUUGCGCUUAUCAUCGAGAUUAUGGGUAUUCAACCAAUGAUUGUAGAUCCCUCAGGCGACAGGUGGAGAAUAUGAUCGCCAGAGGUGAGUUGACGAAUUACCCCAUGACAAAGGAGUAUGCAAAGCCCCGCGAGGUCUAUCCCCCCAAGGUAGAAGGUACGCAAGUAAAAGUCAUCCAUGCAAUACAUGGUAGGUCUGAAGAUGAUCAAGAGUCCAAGGAGGUAUACAGAUCCAGACUGAGGGCAGCCCACAAGCUUAGGAGGAUAUCCUGGGUCAGUGCUAUCACUUCGGGUAUCAUCAGUAUUGGAUUCGGAGAUGGCGACCUAUCCAGAGUUCAACUCCCCCACGAGGAUCCAUUGGUCAUCAGUCUUUUAAUGGCCAAUUGUAUGAUCCGGAGGGUUUUGAUAAAUCCAGGAAGUAGCGCCAACAUAAUCACAAAGACGGUCUUUGAGCAGCUAGAGAUCCCAUCAUCAUCUAUUCGACCUACCUCUAGCCUAUUGAUGGGGUUCAAUGGCACAAGAGUAGAUCCCCUUGGAGAAAUAGACUUGUUCGUAACCGCGGCGAAGAGGACUCUGAAGGAAAACUUUGUUUUAACAGAGAUUCAUCCUUCUUACAAUCUCAUUAUGGGAAGAGGUUAG